AUUCAUUGAGUAAUUUUGUAUUGAGUAUAUUUUUGGGACAACUUGUUCGGUGGUUUUAAAUGAUCUAACCGAUUUACUAAAUCGUUCCUUGCAAUUAUCGCGAGAUGUCCUGCAAUCACUGUAAUACCAAAUUUAAUUUUUUUCACAAAGAGCUGGGAUGUUCCAACUGUGGAUUAUCAUUUUGCGGAAAAUGUUUAAAACAAAAAUGUAAAAUUUCAUCGAAAGGAGCCGGAGAAUUUAACGUGUGUAGACUGUGCUAUUCCAAAUUAGCUUCAGGCCCCAGUGUAGAUCAGCAUGAGCCUGCAAAUCCUCCGGAUACAUUUUUAAAGCGGCUUGAAAACUUAGAAAAUCCUGCAGUUCCUGCAAUCAUAGUUUAUAAGCAAGAUCCCAAACUAUAUUCAUUGAGGACGGGUUUGUCACCUGCCGAUCAAAAGCUCGUCGACCGAUUAGAGAAAUUAAAAGAAGAAAAUGUUCCUCCCCCGACGGACGUUGAGAUACGAAAAAGACUUGACAAUUUGAAAGGGGAAAACAAGUAUGUUCAAGCACCUUCUAAAGUGGUUAAUAUGGAUUCAAGGACAGACCAGCAAAAAGUAGACUCUCUUCUCGAAAUGUUUGCCUGUGAGCGAGAAAUUGAGCUGAAUCACAACCCUCAGGAGGAAAUUGAAGCGAGACUGGCGACUUUACGAGAGCGGGGUAUCAGGCCUAACGAGGGCCCGUACGUUAGCAAUUUGCACGACUCUAGUGGGUCUGAAGAAGAAGUGGAUAGGAUUACUAAAAAGAUUAUGGACGAAGUCGCGUUGGACGAACGAUGUCCGUUGGGUAGUUCACUGAAAAGGCACACAAGCGAAGAAGAAGACGCGAUACGGUCGUCACCCGAAUUGCCGUGGUGCGUUUUGUGCAAUAGCGACGCAAAGUUUCGGUGUCUCGAUUGCAGCAGGGACCUUUACUGCAGCAAGUGCAACGUGGAAGUGCACCGGAACUGGGGGGACACCGAUCACAGGGUCGUGGCAUACAAACCACAAUAAUGCAAUAUAUAAUCACAAUUUUUAACCUAGGAAUAAAUUACUGUAAAAUAUUGUUUUUUUAGUUUCUUGUUUAAUUCUAUUUAUUCUAUAUUUGUUGUUUUUUAUGAAGUUUAUUGUGAUAAAUUCUUAAAGGAAUAA